AUGUCAUGCAAACAUUCUUGUAAGUUUUUUGUUUGUUCAACGCUCCAUCGGCUUUAUAGCUUUAUAAGCUUUUACUUCGGAUAUGAGGUCCAUAGUGUUGGGUAAGAACAUUAAAGUAAUAAUGGUGUUGAUGUUAGUUUAUUUGUAUGGACCGACAUGUGGAAGGGUCAGCACAAUUUACACCAAAUGCCGAGUAACCAUGGAGCGCCUGAAGAGCGUUAGUGCCCUGUGAUCAUUUACGGAUUUGUGCGCAUCAGUGGAACGCCUGCUCUCUGAUAACACGGGUGUAGCUGGAAGGUAUUGAUUUGGGACGGCAUUAGUCUGAUGGAGACCUGAAUGAAAGCGUAUAUGGAUGUGUGGGACAGGUAAGAGUCAUUUUAACUCCCAAUUAAUUGAUUGGAAGUCAAUAUGUUUGUAUUUCAUUCUUCGUCUUUCGGGAAAAGAAUGAGUGAUGGUUUUAGUUUGGGGAUUUUUUUAGAUGAAUGUAUUUAUCAGUCAUUCAAGUUUCUCUAAUGUAAACCUAAAAAUAUAUUGAGCUGUCGUUGUAAUUCUUGGUGGAAACAUGACUGAAGUUGCACAUUUUUUGCUUGUUUUCCUAAGCUUCGUUAACAUAUGUAUUUUUCAUGUAGGUAAACAAGCCGUUAGGGGGCUCAACCAUUCCAGCGUCAACACAUAAAAGAGAAGAUUUCAGUAGCGAUCGCUCUUCAUCCUCUCCUUAAAUAUGAGUUAUUCUCACAUUGUUAACAUCUCCGAAGAGUGGUACGACAUAAUGAAGAGCAGACACAUGGAUCUGUUCCUCAUCCCCACCGUUCUGCUGACCUCGGUCACAAUGCUGGUCAACCCAGUGUUGUUCUUCUGCAUCGUGUGUUUCCAUUCGUUGCGUCAAGAGACUCGCUACCUGCUCCUCUGUAACACGCUGUUGGCCGACAUGCUCUUCCUCAUCAUCAACCUUGCGGUUGUCUCCUGCAACACAGUGGGCAUGGACAUACCUUAUGCUCUGUGCAACUUUAUGCUGUUAAGCUCAGUGACGACCUAUACCUGCUCCGUGAUGACGUUCACGCUGAUGGUCAUCGACACGUACGUGGCAGUGCGCUGGCCUUUACGUUACAAUGAGUUUCUCUCAGUGUCCAGAGUUAGGAAGAUAAUCGUGAGCUUGUGGGUGUUGUCCUCAUUGUGCCCGGUCUCAUUGCUAGCGUUCUUUAAGAUGAUUAUUCCCAGCGAACAACCACGUAAAGUAUGUUUGGUGUUGAUUGCUUUGCACUCGAUGAAAGUGAAGGUCAGCAUUCAUCUGUACUUCAUCAUCGGGAUCAGCGUCUGCUCUGCGCUCAUUAUUUAUUGUUACAUCCGUCUCUACAUGAUCACCAAGACUUCUGGGAUAUGGUGCGAUCGCUACUCCCGAGCACGUAUGACGCUGUUGGCCCACGCUUUGUUGCUGAUGUUGUAUUUCACUCCAGCGCUGGUCUUUGCGGUCGAGUUGAGUCUUUUGGGACGGGAACAAAAACCAAGCGAAAUGGCGGUGUGGAUUAAUUUGGUGAACAUGUGCGUGCUAAUGUUGCUGCCGCGACUUUGCACUCCGUACCUGUACAUCCUACGCUAUCGCGAGAUUUACAAGACUCUUCAGAAUGUGUUGUGGAAGAACAGACAUCGCAGUCAGAUCCGCACGGCCUAGAGGUGAGGACGUGAAGGUGGACCACCUGCUAAAUUAACUGUUUCUCUUUCUUUAGUAGCCGGAGGAUACAUUUGCUGAUAUGUAUAUUGAAUGACUCUCUACGGAAAGUGACUGAAUCUUGAGAAAAACUAUAUUAAAGGGAUUUUUCACCCAAAAAUGAAAAUUCUGUCAUCUUUUACUCACCCUCAUGUUGUAAACCUGUUUAAAUUUCUUUGUUCUGAUGAACACAAUGGAAGAUAUGGUGCUCCUGCUUAAAACUUAGACUUUCAGCAGUAACAACAUAAACAAACGGCUUUCGUGGAACACACGUAACUUCCGGUAAACUCUGUUAAGAAUCAAUAACAACAAAGUCCUUUUAGAGUAGUUAAUUUCUGAUAACAAGCAAAUUAUUUUUUACAAGGUAUUUGUUCCAAAGUUCAGUUUAGCCACUAGUCAGACCAUUAAACAAACAGAAACCAGAAGUAAAGUUCGACCAGACGAGUAACCGCGACAACGCAUGUGCAUCUGAUGAAACCGUCUAAACAUGUUUGGAAUAACUUGAGGAUGAGUAAAUAAUGACAGAAUUUUCAUCUACUAUCCUUUUAAAGUCAUCAUGAAAUUGAAAUUGAAUUUUUUUUUAAACGUGGUAUUUUUUAUAAAUGAAAGUACUUGUCUGUGAGCUUCAUUAUUUUUAAAAAAUUAAUGUGCCUUCAUAAUAUUUAACCAAAAACGUUUAUCUCCUCCCCUCCUGGAAUGAACCUCUCUUUACUUCCUGUCACGAGGAACGGCGAGAAGGCGAGACCUGAGAAAAUAUUGUAGUAAUUAGCAACAUGACCCAACUUGCAUAGAUAUGUAUAAAGGCUAGAUGUCUCGCCAGCGCUGCUGGCCAAUUGAGUGGAACAUUUGCAUUUGGCGGCCAUCUUACCACAGGGCGAUUGUCUUAUUUUUCCUGUCGUGACUUUUAUCCGAGAAAAAGUAGGGUGGGACAUAGAUAUGUAUAAAGGCUAGAUGUGUUACGGCAGAGUCUCUAACGUCAUCACCUGUUGGCCAUCUUAACACAGGGCGAUCGCUCACUUGUAGCAUUGAGUUUUAAUGGUACGUGUACUUUUAAAUAACCAUAACUUGCUUAAUUUUCUACCCAUUUUUAAACGAUUUGGUUUGUUACACAAGUCAAAGAUGUACCUAUGACACUGCAUUCUUAUACUAAAAAAAACAAAUCAUGAAACAUGUUAAAGCAUCCAUAUUAUAGCCACAUUAAUAACGUUUGUAAGAAAC